AUGAAAGCUUUAUACUUUCUUGUGCUGGCAAUAUUGGCCCUUGAGGGUACAUUUGUGAAUGCCCGCAACGAAGAUAUUUGCCGGAUUUUCUUUGAUGGAACUGUCAUUGCUAAUCCGGAAUCCUGUAGUGGUUACAUAACAUGCAAUAACCAUGUCGCUACCUAUAGCACCUGUGGCGGCUCCACACCCUAUUUUGACAAGGAUAAGGCAAAGUGUGUUGCGUGGCCUGAGGACUUCGAGGACGAUAACGCAUGCAAACGGGUAUCGUGCACAGCGGCUGUUGGCAGAUUUAUUUCCGAUCCCAAGUCCUGCUUUGGCUACUACUACUGCGCUGACGAGGAGACGCCAAUGUACAACAGCUGUCCCGAUAACACGCAUUUCAAUGAAACCACCCAGUCGUGCACGUGGAAGGAUGAAUCUGAAUGCAAAAGCACUGAUUUCGACUACUGUAGCAUUAUAAAGGACGGUGUUAACUUCGACGAUGUGACGAGCUGUGACAGCUAUUACUCGUGCAAGAAGGGCGUCCUGACGUCCGCAAAAUGCAAAAGUCAGUACUACAAUACCCGUACAGGCAAAUGCGUAAUGAAGUCAUUAGUAUAUUGUCCUGAACAUCCCCUGCCGGACAAUGUGUGUGGAAAAGCUAGCAAGCCAAAAAAGAACGAGUUUGUUUCGGAUGGCGCAACCUGCCGUGGCUAUCUCUUUUGCGCUGAGCAAGCGGAUGGCAAACCCGAUCCAAAUCCAUCGAAAAACUUCUGCCCCUACAAUACAUUCUUUGAUGCAACCACACAAUCAUGCCGCGAUCCCAUUGAUAUCAAAUGUACUGAAGAUCGCUGCGACGGACGCACCGUAGAGUUUGUGCUUUCUGGUACUAAAGGAUGUCGCAACUAUUUGCGCUGUAAGGACCAACUUAUGGUGGAAGAGUUGAGCUGCGGCAAUUAUUUCUUUGACGAGCAUAAAGGCGCUUGUGUUUCCGAGGUUAACGUCUGGACUGCGUGCAAGACUUAA